CUUAAAAAUAUUUGUGAGAAGUAACAGGUUAACAAAUUGGCGAUCCCUAUUUACGUUUUUACUUGAAGUUCGUCCGUGGAGCGUUUCACCUGCAAAAUAGAAAAAUGGCUGAACCAAUUCGAGUUGUGGUAACCGGUGCCGCUGGCCAAAUUGCCUACUCCCUGCUGUACAUGAUCGCCCGCGGCGAGGUGUUCGGCAAGGAUCAGCCCAUCAUUCUGCACCUGCUCGACAUUCCACCCAUGGUCGGAGUCCUCGAGGGCGUGGUCAUGGAGCUGGCAGAUUGUGCCCUACCACUGCUGGUUGAGGUUGUGCCCACAACCGAUCCGGCUGUUGGAUUUAAUAAUGUCUCGGCCGCCUUCCUGGUAGGCGCCAUGCCCCGCAAGGAGGGAAUGGAGCGCAAGGACCUGCUGUCCGCCAACGUGAAGAUCUUCAGGACCCAGGGCCAGGCUCUGGAUAAGUUCGCCAAGAAGGACGUGAAAGUGUUGGUCGUUGGCAACCCGGCCAAUACCAAUGCCUUGGUCUGUUCUUCGUAUGCUCCUUCUAUUCCGCGCGAGAACUUCUCGGCCAUGACCCGUCUAGAUCAAAACCGCGCCACCUCCCAGAUCGCCGCCAAGUUGGGUGUUCCCAUUUCGGCUGUGAAGAAUGUCAUCAUCUGGGGCAAUCACUCUUCGACUCAGUAUCCCGAUGCUGGCCAAGGAAAGGUGACCAUCAAUGGAGCCGUGAAAUCCGUGGUGGAGGCUGUAAACGACACGGCCUAUCUGCAGGGAUCCUUUGUUGAGACCGUGCAGAAGCGCGGAGCCGCUGUCAUUGCGGCCAGGAAAAUGUCCUCGGCCAUGUCGGCGGCCAAGGCUGCAUGCGAUCACAUGCACGACUGGUGGAACGGCACUGCUCCCGGCCAGUUCGUCUCUAUGGGAGUUUUCUCCGACGGCAGCUACGAUUCUCCCAAGGAUGUAAUCUUCUCUUUCCCCGUCGAGAUCAAGAAUAAGCAAUGGAAAAUCGUCUCUGGAUUGACCCUCAGCGAUUUCGCCAAGACCAAGUUGAACGUUACUGGCAAGGAGCUCCAGGAGGAGAAGGACGAGGCCCUCUCCGUUUUGGAUUCGAAUGUGUCCAACUUGUAAUGAGACAUUAAACGUAUAUUACUAAAAUCAUAGUUGUGCAUUUAGGAACCAAGUUUCAUGGCAAUAAAAACAAUUUGUAAAUAA